AUGGCCCAGCCAGCCCACUGCUUCCUUUCCACCUUUGGCCUCCAGGGCUGCCUCCUCUUUCUGUUGGUCUCUUGGGAGGCAGGUGCUACCAUGCUACAAGACCUUCAGAAAACUGGUGAAUCUUCAACAGCUGAUCCUUUACUCCACAUUGCUCCGGGUCUUGUUUCUAAUUCUCCCAUUCGCCACUCUGCUCUUGAUUCUGCACACAGCCCUCCAGUCCUCCCCAAAUCUACAGGAAUCCAUAAAGUGAAACAGUACUGCAACACCACACGUCAUCUUAAACCUGUUCACACACCUAAAGAAAACUCCAAAACUACAGACCAGAAAAGCUCUCCAACUCAUGAAGCUCCUUCUACUUCGAAACAAAACUCCAGUAACGAGGGAAAAGUUAUUCGGAAUGAACGUUCUGCUGAAUCUGGCAACACUAACAAUCAUAAAAGUUCUUCUGACGUAAAACAUACAACCCCAAGAUCCACAGGGAAAAUAAAUUCAAUGACCACAGAAACACCAGAGAAGAUCACAAGUGUUCCAGUGAAGACCACAGAUGUGCCAGAAUCAACUAUAGAAGUCACUGAGAAGAUUGCAAGUGCCCCAGUGAGGACCACACAUGUGCUAGAAUUGACCACAGAAAUCCCUGAGAGGAUCACAAAAUUGGCCACAGAAAUCCCUGAGAAGACCACACAUCCAUAUCAGAAUAAAGAUGGCUCAAAGGAAGGUCUCCAUGCUGGAGUGAUGGGAGAAAAUGACUCUUUUCCGGCUUGGGCCAUAGUCAUCGUGGUCCUGGUAGCUGUGAUUCUCCUCCUGGUGUUCCUUGGCUUGAUCUUCUUGAUCUCCUAUCUGACUGGAAAACGUCGUCCACUGACCCAGAACACUGAUGACAAGGAUCUGGAAGAUGAAGGUGGCCCUAAUUCCUACCCAGUAUACCUGAUGGAACAGCAGACUCUGGGUACGGGGCAGAUCCCUUCCUCAAGAUGA